GCACUAAUGUAAGUUAUUGUUAAAAGAUGGAGUUAUUUGAUAUUUGAAUAGAGGACCUCCCGGUUCUAAAAGAAGACGGAACACUAUAGAUUAUAGAAUCUCGAGACCUAGGUUCUUCACUUCGACCUUUAACCGAGUUUCGAGCAUCCAAAAGGCGCAGAGUCCACAAGCCAUCGAAGCUCCUAUCGGCCGAAACUCUGUGCUUGCUGCUGACAACGAGCGGGCGGGUCGUAGUCGGAGUGAGCUGAAUCCAAGUCAAGGGCGGGCAGGAGCAGAUUGAUUCGUUUGCUCGUCGUCGUUGUUUACCAAGGUAAGAAAUCAUUCGAAGGUGCUUCUCUAGUUGUAAAAGAUGGCAUUUUGAUAUUAGGGUUCCUUCUUUUUAGAAGGGAUUGAGCUCGGAUUGAUUUGUUUAUUCUGCCUUAAUUUCAACAAUUAGGGUAUUUGGGGAAAAGGAGAUGAGUACUAACGAAGAGAAAGCGUCGACGACGCCUAAAACUCCUUCCGAUUUCCUGAAAUCGAUUCGGGGACGUCCCGUUGUGGUUAAGCUCAAUUCCGGAGUUGAUUAUAGAGGUAUCCUAGCCUGCUUGGAUGGAUAUAUGAACAUAGCCAUGGAGCAGACUGAAGAAUAUGUCAAUGGGCAACUCAAGAACAAAUAUGGAGAUGCUUUCAUCCGAGGGAACAACGUUCUCUACAUCAGCACGACGAAGAGGACGCUUGCAGAUGGUGCUUAGUCCGCUACGCGACCGUGCUGCAAUUGCAUAUGGAAGGCUGCUUUUGGCUCUGAACUAAUCAGUAAUCAACCUCAAUCCUUGGGAACGUGUUUGGGAAGCUAGUUUAUUGAAGGAACCGGAAAAGAAAACUUAAAAGAACCAAGUAGUGUGUGUUCAAUUGUUGUUUGAAUACGUUGAUGUCAAAAUUCCGUUUAUGCUCUUUAAUGUGUGAAUGACCUUGACUUUUCUAGUUACAGAAGACCAAAAAAACCUUCCGUUAAGUAAUGUUCGAAUUGACUUUUGAGUUGAGUUGGCUCGAAUUAAGAUCUUUUGAUUCG